AUGCAAGUUGUAGACCACGUCGUCCAGUGGCUACCUGCCCGGUCAACAUACCGGCAGCUCCUCUACGGUGUUGUUGUCGGACUUGCACUGUCUCUCACGGCCUCAUCUGUGGUGCACUGCAACCGGUGGCAGAAGCAAAACACCUCUCCUCCAGUGCUCGACCCUCGCCUCAUAGAACCACGCAGGGAUGAGGUCGUCGACGGUGUUGUCGGUCUCAUUGGAAACACUCCCUUGGUCCGGAUCAACUCCCUCAGCAAUGCCCUUGGAGUCGAAAUCCUGGGAAAAGCGGAGUUCAUGAAUCCCGGAGGCAGUGUGAAAGACCGUGUCGCGCUUCGAGUGAUCACGGAUGCGGAGGAGCAAGGAUUGCUACGUCCCCACACCAGCUCAAGGAUAUUUGAGGGUACGGUCGGCUCCACUGCGAUCAUCAUGCCAGACGACGUUGCGGAGGAGAAAGUGAAGGCGCUACUCGCGUUGGGCGCAGAGGUCGAGCGUGUGCGUCCUGCCAGCAUCGUCGACAAGAAGCAGAACCUCGCGCGCGACCGCGCGAGCAUCUUCGUCCCGCCGGGGCACCUCCUCCAGACCGCAUCUGCGUCCGUGGUUGUCACCACGACUGCAGACGGCGCGCUCGCUGACGACAAGCUCACAAAUUCCAAGGAGGAGCGCGAGUCCGCGACGAAGCCGCGCGGGUUCUUCGCGGACCAGUUCGAGAACCGGAGCAACUACUACGCGCACUACGACGGCACUGGGCCUGAGAUCUGGCGGCAGACGAGCGGCGCCGUUGACGCGUUCGUCUCGGGCGCGGGGACGGGCGGGACGCUCGCGGGACCGAAGCGGGACAUUCUAGUAGCGAUGAGCGACCCGGAGGGCAGCGGGUUGUACAACAAGGUCAAGUACGGGGGGACGAAGAGGCGCCAUCAGUCGACACGGUCGUCGAGGGCAUGGAUCAAUAGGCUCACGCACAACUUCGAGCUUGCGCUGCCUAUCAUUGAUGACGCCUUCCGAGUCACCGACGAGGAGGCUGUCGCGAUGUCGCGCUAUCUAGUGCACCACGAUGGGCUGUUCUUAGGAUCCAGCAGUGCCUGCAACCUGGUCGCGUGUAUCAGACUGGUCAAGAAGCUUAAAUGGAAGAGCGGAGAAAGAAUCGUCACGAUACUCUGCGACUCCGGAUGCCGACAUUACUCCAAAUUCUGGAACGACGAGUAUCUCGCCAAAGCCAAAAUUCCCAUAGACAUGGGCAUCAUCGAUCGCAUGCUCACCGGAAGCGUUUGA